GUGACGUCAGGCGGCGGAGGUGCGAUGCGCGCGCUGUGUCUGGGGCGGUGGCUCCGCACCGGGAGGGUCCCGGUGAGCCGGUGCAGCGGGCACAGCGGGCACAGCGGGCACAGCGGGCACAGCGGGCAGCGGCCGCAGGGACCGCCGCAGCAGAAAGUGUCGGUGGAAGUGCUGGACCACUUGGAGCACCUGGCCCUGGUGGAUUUCCGGGAUUCGGAGGGCGUGGAGCGGCUGCAGAAAGCGAUCCAGUUUGCUGAUCAGCUUCAUGAAGUAAACACCGAUGGCGUUGAACCGAUGGAUUCAGUGCUGGAGGACAGGUGUCUGUAUCUCAGAGAAGAUGAUGUGACAGAAGGCAACUGCACCAAAGAGCUGCUGGAAAAUGCCAGAGAGAAAGUAGAGGAGUAUUUUGUAGCUCCACCAGGUAACAUCCCUUUACCAAAGCUGGAAGAAUGAGAGACUUUUCUGCUGGGCUCUUAGUGACAGCCCAGAGCCCAAAUGCCCUUUCAGUAUUUUAUUUGGGGAAAACAAAGCUUUGUGCAGUAACAGCUGAAACACCCUGGAACAUAUUUUGGUCAAUAGAAGAACACCUGCAAGACAGAAGAAAGAGGGUUUAAAAAUUUAGUAGUGCUGCUGGAAUAUUCAGUGUCUCUGAAGCUGGAUGGCAGCAUGGCGGGUGACCUUGGUGCUUUUAUUUGGCAAAGUGAAUUUGCUGUCUGGAGGUGAGAGCAAACCUUCGUCCCACUCUUAAUUGUGCAAUUACUUCAUUAUUUGUUUAAGCAUCCACAAUAUACUCACAUAGAUGCAUAAAACAUAUAAUUACUAUGAUACUUGAAUUCUUUCAAGUGUAUUGAAAUAAAGCCUGUAUUUAACACCACUAAUCCAAUCCUGUGCAAAGCUGGAACAGUGUAUUACUGCUUUAGUCUCAGACUUGUCAAGGUUCAGACCCUGCAAAUACCCUGUAAAUGUACAAGCUUGGCCUACAAGUAAUUGAUGAUGUUAUUUAAAUCAUAACAAGGAAAGACUUCAAAGUAUCAACCAAUCAAUAUGAUUAAUACCACAAUCAUAAUAUCAGGUAAUUGCCACUUUGAGAAGUCCCCCCUUGAUCUAUCCAUUUUGGCCUCCUCCUUUGACCAUCAGAGCGAAUGGGGACAAUAUUAUUUACACAGAAAAAUGAAGAGGAAUUUGAGAGGGAACUGUAUGGCUGCAGGAGCUUUUAACCUAAAAUAGCAUCAAGUAACUAUUUAAAGGCAACAACUAAACCAACAAUUUGGACAAGAUGAUCCCACAUUCCCAAUGCAGCAUAGGCUAAACUUAAAACUGCCAGUUCAGUGCUGCUCCCACACACUCCAGUGAGAGAACAGACUGCCUGAU